UGAAAAUAGUUACACUUACUGUUUACCAAGUUCACAGGAGUCAUGUAAAAUAAAGUUCCGCCCGAGUUAGGCUAAGGAUUCAUAUUUUAGUUAUUUAAUAACAAAAAUAAAGUCAUUAAUAUCUAAAUUUUAUUGACCUGCGAAAUAAAUUCUUUUUCAAUAAUAAUAAUAUUUCUGAACAAUAAACAUGGUGGCCGAUAACUCCUUACCGGAAAAAUCCUCCAUUGAUCACAGUCUUGGCGAAAAUGUUAGCAAGAUUAUCAGUAAUUUUGAUGUUAGCCAGUCUAGUUCAUCUUCAGACGAAAGUUCAAAAUCAAGGUUGGAUAAUGAUAGUCGCAAGGAUAAAUCGUACGAUACCAGCGCGAAGGACGAAUCCAAUGACGAAAAUAGGCAGCUCAACAACACGUAUUUGUGUUACAAAUCCGAUGCCCAAGGCGAUUUCGUUGAAAAUGCAGCUCUAGAAAAAGAAGAAGAAGCAAAAGAUCUUAUAACUUCAAUAAUGAGCAAAAGGAGUUCACCCGCAAAAUCUACACCAAGAAAACGCCGAAAUGUUUUUAGUUUGACAAGUGAUUUCGAUGAAUGCGAUUGGAAUUCCGAGUUGGGCUCAAAAAUAGAAACUUUGACGGUGGACGAGUCAAGGUUAGCAGACCAUGACACCGAUGAAUCCUUGUUUGUAAGGAUAAGGAAUUACUUGGCUGAGUAUCAAGAGCUGCGUGGAACGUCGCGCGAAGAGUACACAUUUUCCACUUUAAUCAAGGUUAUGGGCCAAGCUACCGGACGUUGUUUGUUUGCGCUGUUCUACGUUUUUCUCAACAUUGCGCCUGUUUUAGAGGUAUUUCUUCAUAUCUUGAGAUUUAUUCUCGACAAAGUAAUCGAUAUUAAAUCUACAACUGAUGUCCAACAAUUCAUUGUUAAGAAUGCUAUAUUUGUUUUUCAACUGGCGAGUAUUUACGUCUGUUUGAUUUUUAUUUUUGGUUUCAUCAUUUCCCCAUUUAUAAGAAUGGCUUUUGGGAUUCUCUUAAAGAUAAUGUUGUAUGAUUGAAUCCUUAUUUCGAUUGAAAAUUCUGUUACACUCUUGAAAGUGAAAUGUAAUACCUUCGAAUUCGAAAUUAAAGUAUAAUGCUUAAAAAAUGUUUCAUUUACAAAA